AGCUUUGAGUUGAGUGCGAGAAGUGACUGGGUCGCAAUAGGGUUCAACGAGCAAAGCAAGAUGGUAAGUCUCAUAAAUCUUUGAAACUCAGGCAGAUUUCUCUGUCACACAAUUUUUCACUGCGUUCUGCAUCCCUCCCUCCUCACUUAUUCUGUUAAAGAGUGAGGAAUUCCUUCUAGCUAAACGUCUUUUUCUUGUCGCGAUUUCGUUGCUUCAGUGUUCCCUUUCACGAACGACUUUCAGUUCGCAUUUACCAGAGUCCAACAAAUACUUUACCAAGCAGUUUUUAUUUACAAUUUUCAUUUCUUAUUAGGAUGGUACUGAUGCUAUCAUCUGCUCUCGCCUUAAUGACAACGCAGUGGUUAACCAUUAUUCUUUGGUAGGCUAUAACAGUCCAAUUCAAACCAACCCGGUAAGUUAAUUGGACCUUAAUUGCAGGAAACUACAAUGUAGAUUUUAGGGAGACCUUGUUCACAUCUUCGGAAAAUUAUUCACUUAUAUGUGGAUCCACAUUUUUACUUUUUUCCAUUUAGACGGAUUUGUUUUUUGGAUGCGGUGGGAAAAGAAAAAUGUGAAAUAAGCUAAUUUAUUAUAAACUUUCAAACAAACAUUCGCGUUGUCAAUCCUAUAGCUUCAUAUCGAGUCGCUGUUUCCGCUGACGACCUUAAUCAGGGGAGAAAACCUCCUGUAAAUUUGGACCCCACCCCAGCCCCCAGUCAGCCUUAUGUCAUGGCGACAUUCAGUGAGAUUUAUUUUAAGGCACUUAUUUUUAGGCUCCUGCUGGUCUCAAAGUUAUUGCUGGUGCUUAUGAAGAUGGAGUCAUUAAGUGUAGGUUAGUAUUGUUGGCUGCGUGAAAAGCCGGCAAAACAAAUCGUUGGUUUGAUUAUACUUGCAGGUUCACCGUGGCGCUAUUUAUCACUGAUUGCUCUAUUUUGCAAACUUUGUUGAUGGGCUUCAUUGUUGUAGGUUUUCUCGGGGAAAAACUGCAAGAGGCAUGCAGGGUCUGGAUCAGAACGUCUUUUUGAUUUUCGCUCGCGGUAGUGUGAUUCAGGGUGAGUAAAAUCAAAAGUUUUUGCAUUGGUCACUAUACUCGUUGUUUAUUUUUAAACAGUAUCAACUAAGCUAUUAUAUAAUUCUUAUUAACUGAGAGUGAGGUCAUCACGGGGAAAUCUCAGACCGAGUCCUUGAUGCAUCGCUCAGUCAAUACAUCAAGGCCAUAUAAUAAUAAGGUAUAUUAUCUAACGUAAGUAGAUUCAAGAGCUGGUGUUUAGAGCGCUAGCUCCUUUGUAGGAGUGAACUUUAUAAACGAAGGUUAAUAAAGAUUUGACCUCAAUGUGGAAUUUUUUUUGUUUAAGGAGGCUUGCUGAACAAGCAUAGUGUAAAAUCACAGAGCGCCAGUCAAGUAGACGUCUGUGAACUUAAUGCAAAUCUUGAGAGUAAAUCCUCAGACCUCAAACUGCUGCGGGCACAUGGUAAGAGAGUUCAAUUUGAUCUCAUAAUAACUCAGUUACGUAAGUUGAAAUAACUUUCAUGAGCAUUUACCAAAGCAUUAAAAAGAAUUUUGACCUUUUCCUUUUCCUACUUUAUUCUCUUUUCUCAUUCUUUGCUGUUACCUUCUAAUAGGCCAUAUUUUAAAUGAGGCGUGACAUCAGGCUAUAUUCAAAACAUUAUUUGACUGACGGCUUUGACUAAUUUCCAGGAGCGCUUAUGGUUGUGGCCUGGAUUGGGUUUGCCACCAUGGCUAUCCUUGUGGCGCGUUAUAUGAAAGAGACCAGGGGAGAGCUAUGUGGAAAGAAGGCUUGGUUCCAGGUCAGUAAACAAAACUGUUGGCUGGUUCUUGCCGCAUAAAUAGAUGGGCCCCCUGUGGUAUCUUAAUUCACAAACUGGCCAGUAUAUCUCAGGUCUUGACAUUUCCUGGAUUUGCGCGUAUUAUUUUUUAGAUCAAAUCAUACGAAAGAUAUUUACUGUAUUAUUAGAUAGUUAAUCACUGUAACCAUAGACUGAAGGAUUGAAGGAUCUAGCCUGUUCCAAGCUCCGAAAAGCCGGGUUUGCGAAUUUCAGAAAGCGUGAGUACAAAAAUAAAACUUGAACGAGAGGAAACUGGGGAGAGGAAGACCGCUACCGCCCCCGUUCCCAAAUCGCGCGCUCAUAUUUUUGCGUGGCUUUACUUACGCGUCAUUUCUACUAUCUGAGAGCCUAGAACAGGUUAUGAAGAAUCCUGUCCCGCGUGCGCUGACUUAACAGGAAAAAAAAAUGUAAAUCAAGACAAAGUGAUCUUUUUCGUCAUUGAUCAGUACUAAGGUUCAGUUUCUGAGGAGACUGUGGUGCAGCACAAAUCUUGGGGCUGAAACACUUAGGCUUUACAAAGUGAAAACGUAUAUGGAUUGAAAAGUUAAAGUUUGGAGUGCUAGCCCUUAUGAAAGUAAUUCCACCUGUCUUAUCAGUAUCUUGUUAUUUUCAGGUUCACAGAGCUCUGACCGUCACCUGUUUACUACUCACGAUCACUGGUUUUGCUUUGGUUUUUGUUCACGCCGAAGGAUGGUCUGAUGUAAGAUUAUUAAACGUCAUCUUGUGAUCUAAUUAAACCCUUGGAGAAAAAAUCUGAUGUACUGUUUUUUUUUCCGCACACAGUCAGGUGGAGCCCACUCAAUACUAGGAGUCAUUGCAACACUGUUGGCCUGCGUACAGCCCAUUAUGGCGCUUCUAAGGCCCGAUCCAAAUGCGGAAAGGUAGUAAAACACUUUCGAUAGCCAUAAAAGACCAAAAGACUAGUUCUUUUAAAAAAAUUAACCGUCAUUCGUUCUUACUUUUUUGGAACAUUAUCCAGGCGAGGAUCCAACCCCACCCGCUAAAAAAAGAAAGAGAAACGAACAAACAAACAAACAAAAACGUGGAACAUUAAGAGAGACAGUGUUUCCUUGUUCCAUAGUAGUUAAAAACGUGAUCCUUUGGGUCCAAUAUAAAUUCAGCCUUCAGUGAAUAAUCGUUUUUGUUCUAAAGUUAAGUUCACGUCAGUUUUGUUGUAAGUUCAAUUCAAGUACCACAUAACCAUUACGAUUUGCCGAUGAAAAGACAGACUCCUACUAAAAAAGUUCAAUAUCUGACGCUAAGGCUCAUGUUGUUCAAAAAUUCUGUAUCAAUUAAUUUCAAAGCUCGUAAAUUGUGUUGUGGUUGAUGUACUGCUUUUACUUGUUCACAGGCGCUACAUUUUUAACUGGACUCAUCGCUGCGUUGGCAUUACCACAUUCAUCCUCGCAAGUGAGUCACCCGAUUUUAGCUUCUAUCUUUAUAUACUUGACCAGUUCUUUGUCAAAUGCGUGGGGUAAUGCAUAUAUGUUUACCUCUGAAUGCCUUCUCUGCGCCUUGCCUAGUCCUUAAGCCUCAUUAUUCCGCGCAUUCAAUGCGUUUCGGGUCACGUGGUUCGAGCGAAGAAGUGAAUCCCAGACAAAAAACCUCAAAAGUGAGACAAAAGUGAGACAUCCCUGUGCGGUGGUUUUCAAGACCAAAGUUUCGCAUUUCAAGGAGAAAAGUAUGUAGUUAGAAGACACAGAUGGGAAGGGAAAGUUCAAAAGAAUUUUCAGUAUUGUUUUAGUGGACAAAGACAUUUUAAGAAAGCAACCCACGCAUGUGCAUUCCGUUUUUGUCUAGACAGUUCUUGCGCGUUUUCCGCGGAUGCGUACACCGAAAUGCAUUGACCGAGAAGGCCUGGAAAAACGCCGUACGUACAGUAGGCACCUCUGCGUCUACGGUGCUUUUUUGAGUUACUUGCCACAUUAAUUACUGAGGAUUAGUCUGCGCAUACAGCCCCUCUUCUCGCUCCUCGCCGCUGGAGAUAUUUCUCCUGCAAAAACGUCCCUAGCUGCGAGGAGCGUUGAGAGACAGUUGUAUUCGUAGGCAAACGGAGGAUGGGUUGGAAUAACUUUUUUAAAAAUUAUUUUGCACACGUGGUUCUAGAAUUUGAAUAGGUGCUUAAUUAAGUGACACGACUAAUUAUUGUCGAUUUCCUUGCAAAACUGGAAUGGUUUUCGUCCAAGGCAUCUCACCCAUCUGAAACUUGGAGGUCAUGUCAGUAAUUAAUUUAAAUUGCUUUCCUAUCUUUUGUCAGUUAUCAACAUAAUUCUUGGUCUGCGUCUACCUCACCUGGAUGUUAAGUUUGCAGUUUAUUUUGUGAUCGCCUUUUGCGUGGGUCUGAGCCCAGUUGUUCUUUUGGAGUUGGUUCGCUGCUGUAACCGAUACCAUCAAAGAGAGGGUAGGUUUCUAACUUUCUUGUACAGUCAUCAUCAGUCAUCAUCAUCAUCAUCAUCAUCGUUUUAGUAAACAUGGGUUACUAAGUUGAAACUUUAUUACAGGUCAGUUUGCAUAUCUGCAAUACAGAUCUGCUAGGUAGAUUUAGCAACAGCCACGCAAAAGCGCGUAAACAGGACCGAAUGCGACCACCGGUGCUCGGUUUGCUGCUUUACCAUAUCAACCGGUUUUAAAUUUGCGCUCGCCGUCGUCACUGUAGUCUCUCUCUCGUAAUGUGGUGCGUGAUUCUUAUGAGGCAAGGAACGAUACAAUAUAGCUGUUAUUAAAGAAGCGCUAGAAUCCCACAAACAGUCCUGUAAUGUUUUUAAUAAUAAUAUUAAUCAAUUUAAUAAUACUAAUUUAAGUUAAUUCAUGAAUAUUGACUAAUUGUACUACGGGACUGUUUGCGGUUGGACAUAACACUGGUCACCCCAGUGCCAGGCGCGCAACUUUAAAAUUACCAAUAUUACGUAGUUAUUGGCCACUCAUCUUAACUUUCUGUUCUUGUUUUGUUCUCAGGACUCACUUACGUGACAGUUGGGUUCGUAUUCGUCCUGGCGAUCUCGGUCUGUUUGACUUUGCUUCUGUUUAUUGCACGCGAGGCACCUUAA